GGACAUGUGCCCAUCUGAAAUGGUUUUGGCAGAGGAUCAUCAUGAAACUGGAAUGCCACUUAAUGAAAGGCUUUGCAGCAGGUAAAGGUUAGAAGUUCUGCUAACUUAAAGGCUAAAUAGAAGGAUGGGAGUAGUUCUGCAGAAACUUAUCUAAAACCACAGAAGGCAGCCUGAGUUCAAGGCUUUUUCUUAUCUGCAGGUGUACCUCUGGUGAGGAUUCCUUAGCUGCCAGAAGUUACCUCCCUUCUGUUGGUGAAGAUUGUGGCAGGGAGGGGUUGCCUGCCAUAGAAAAGUCCAUCAUAAACAAAAAAUGCCCCAGUAUAUCAUAUAAUGGGAAUUGCUGGCCCCAUAAACCUAAUCUCACUCAUGGCUUUGGAUGUUUAAGCUGGUGGAUUUAAUAGCCUUUUGGAAUCCAGUCUGUUUGUCAUGACUGCCCAAGGAGUGAUAAUCACAUGAGUUCACUAUUGCUGCAGAUGUCAUUUGACUCACUGGAAAAAUUCUGUCUUAAAGAAAAUAUCCUUAUGACCACAUCCAUUUCAUUAAUAAAUGGCUUGAUGGAUUUCCUUUACUCUGAUUCAUACCAAAGCUUCCCUUCUCAACCAAAGCAAGAAAGGAUCCUGCAUGAGUCAAUCCCAGAAUGCCAUUUUUACAUCACUAACAGGUGAAGAAAAUCUCAUGAAUAGCAAUCACAGAGACUCGGAGAGCAUCACUGAUGUCUGCUCCAAUGAGGAUCUCCCUGAAGUUGAGCUGGUGAAUCUGCUGGAAGAACAGUUGCCCCAGUACAAGCUAAGAGUAGACUCUCUCUUUCUAUAUGAAAAUCAAGACUGGGCACAGUCAUCACUCCAACAGCACCAUGCAUCCGAUGCUCUCUCUCCAGUCCUUGCAGAAGAGACUUUCCGUUACAUGAUUUUAGGCACAGACAGGGUGGAGCAGAUGACCAAAACGUACAAUGACAUCGACAUGGUUACUCAUCUCCUUGCAGAGAGGGAUCGUGAUUUGGAGUUAGCUGCUCGAAUUGGACAAGCUCUCUUAAAGCGGAAUCAUGUCUUAUCUGAGCAGAAUGAAGCCCUGGAGGAGCAAUUGGGACAAGCCUUUGAUCAGGUUAAUCAGCUGCAACAUGAACUAUCCAAGAAAGAUGAGUUGCUCCGAAUUGUCUCCAUUGCAUCUGAAGAGAGUGAGACUGAUUCCAGCUGUUCUACACCUCUUCGAUUCAAUGAAUCCUUUAGUCUAUCUCAAGGUUUGCUGCAGUUGGACAUGCUGCAAGAAAAGCUCAAGGAACUGGAAGAAGAGAAUAUGGCUCUUCGAUCCAAGGCUUGUCAUAUAAAGACAGAAACUUUUACCUAUGAAGAGAAGGAACAACAGCUUGUCAAUGACUGUGUUAAAGAACUUCGAGAAACAAAUGCUCAGAUGUCCAAAAUGACUGAAGAAUUGUCAGGAAAAAGUGAUGAAUUGAUUCGCUACCAAGAAGAGAUCUCUUCACUCUUGUCUCAGAUUGUAGACCUUCAGCAUAAACUUAAAGAACAUGUGAUUGAAAAGGAAGAACUAAGACUCCACCUACAAGCUUCCAAAGAUGCCCAGCGCCAGCUGACAAUGGAGCUGCAUGAGUUACAAGACAGGAACAUUGAAUGUCUGGGAAUGUUACAUGAAUCACAAGAAGAAAUAAAAGAACUUCGCAGUAGAUCUGGCCCUGCUGCUCAUCUCUACUUCUCCCAGUCCUAUGGAGACUUUACUGGGGAAUCUUUAGCAGCUGAGAUCGAGGGGACCAUGCGUAAAAAGUUGAGUUUGGAUGAGGAAUCUUCUCUCUUUAAACAAAAGGCCCAACAGAAACGAGUAUUUGAUACUGUCAAGGUGGCCAAUGACACACAAGGUCGUUCUGUCUCAUUCCCCACUCUACUACCCAUCCCAGGCUCCAAUCGUUCCAGUGUCAUCAUGACAGCAAAACCUUUUGAAUCCGGUAUACAGCAAACAGAGGACAAAACAUUCCUGAGCCAGGGGAACGAUUUGGAGGAAGUUCAUGGGAACUCUCAGUCACCCAGCCAACUAGGACCCUCUGAAGACAGUGAUUUAGCUACAGCUCUGCAUCGCCUUAGCCUGAGAAGACAGAACUACUUAAGUGAGAAGCGGUUCUUUGCUGAAGAAUGGCAGCGGAGGAUCCAAGUUCUGGCUGACCAGAAAGAAGGGGUUAGUGGCCGUGACACCCCCACAGAGAGUCUUGCCUCUCUCUGUACAGACCAUUCGGAGAUCACAGACCUCAGCAGUGCCAGUUGUCUGCGAGGCUUUAUGCCAGAAAAAUUACAGAUUGUCAAACCCCUUGAAGGAUCACAAACUCUGCAUCAUUGGCAGCAGCUUGCUCAGCCAAACUUGGGAACCAUUCUUGAUCCACGGCCAGGUGUUAUCACUAAAGGCUUUACACAGUUGCCCAAGGAUACCAUCUAUCACAUCUCGGAUUUAGAGGAGGAUGAAGAGGAGGGUAUCACUUUUCAAGUUCAGCCACCUCUCCAAGUAGAGACAACACCUGCAGUAUCCAAGCCAGUAACAGGGAUCUUCCUACCGCCCAUUACUUCAGCAGGUGGACUAGUUACAGUUUCAACCUCAAACCCAGGAAAGUGUCUGUCAUGCACGAACUCAACAUUCACCUUCACCACCUGUAGAAUAUUACAUCCCUCUGAUAUCACCCAGGUUACCCCUAGCUCUGGGUUCCCUUCGCUGCCCCAUGGAAGUAGUGGGAACAGUUCUCCAAACACAGCUGUGAAGUCUCCUGCCAUGUCCUACCGACUCAGCACUGGUGAAUCCAUCACAAACCGACGAGAUUCUACUGUGACCUUCAGCAGCACCACGAGCUUGGCCAAGCUUCUCCAAGAGCGAGGCAUUUCUGCUAAAGUAUACCACAGCCCCAUUUCAGAGAACCCCCUACCCAAAGCUGUGGCUACCCCUUCCACACCACCAAAUUCCCCAUCCCAGUCGCCAUGCCCUUCUCCCUUGCCCUACGAGUCCCGAAUGCAUCUCUCUGAAAAUUUCCUGGCCUCCCGCCCUGCUGAAACAUUCCUCCAGGAGAUGUAUGGUUUGAGGCCUUCUCGGAAUCCUCCUGAUGUUGGCCAGUUGAAGAUGAACUUAGUGGAAAGACUGAAGAGACUGGGGAUAGCCAGAGUGGUCAAGAGCCCUGAACCCCAGGAGAAUGGGAAGAGCCAGGAGACAGAAAUCAGUCUUCAAAAGCCAGAUUCUGUUAUUUAUUUCAAUUCAGGUAGCAAUUUAUUGGGUGGACUGAGGAGGAACCAGAGCCUUCCUGUCAUGAUGGGUAGCUUCAGUGCCCCUGUUUGCACAGCCUCACCCAAAAUGGGUGUCCUGAAGGAGAACUGAGGCAUGGCACUAACUGGCCUCUUCUACGUGUUAGCACAUGAAGGAUAGACAUGCACUGGCACAUGUGAUUGAGUCUGAUUAGAAGGAAAGGAAUGUUGCAGAAGGACUGUGAAUGUGGAGAGGGGGAAGUGAAGGAACGGAAACAGAAUGAGGGCCACAUGAGUGAAGUGUAGUAAGUUGGAAAGUGUAUAUGAAUGGGUCAUGAAAUGUUUGGAGACAGAAAAGAAAGAUUUAGUAUACUCCUUCAGUUGAGUUUUCUUGUCUUGAAAAUAAACAUGGAACAGAAAAUAACCUCAGGAUUGUUGAAACAUGUCAGAAAUAUUGAACUUCACUUCUGGAAAGUGUAAGCAGCGAGAACCUGCCUAGAAGAGUGGGAAGAGAAGGAACAGUUUUGACUCUGCCAGUAGAAAAUUGUCCCAAAGGCUUGGCGCAGUGAGCUCUGUCUGUUGUUGAAACAGUAUGAGACUCCUGUUCCUCUGCUAAUACCUGCUCAAAUUAUGAACUUAGCUACUGGAUUAUUCACCGCAUUGGCAAAACAAGGAAAGGAAUUCAGUGUUUUUCAUUACAGCAGAAGUAGAGACUUGCUUUUUCCUGUUUUCAGGCCUUUGAACCACUGGGAGCACAAACAUCACCCAAGUUCCCCCGUAUUUUUGAUUACCAAAAGUUCAUUUGGGGAGCAAGGGUAGCAUAGCUCCGGUGUUAGAGCACUUGCCUAGCCCCCAAAAGAAAAUUAACUCACUUUCUUAAAUUUGUAUUUUUAUACAGUAUCAGAAAAAACUUCCGUUUGGGUAGCAGUUGGGAGGGAUUUACUUGAAGGAAAAUAGUAAAUUGAAACCAAGAAAUCUUGUUUUUAGAAUAUUUCUUCUGGAUAAUAUAGUGGCCAAGGAAUACAUAGUUGCAUAUCUCGGAUAUUUCCUUGGAGGCUAAAAGGGAUUAACCAGAAGUGCAAUCUAUAGGAAUUAUGUUAAGUUGUAUUUAUAUGUAAGUCCUUUGUAAGGAAAGUUCAUUGUGACUAACUUUUUCCAAAGUGCACUAUGCAUAUUUUAAUGGAAGAUGACAUGUAUUUGCACAAAAAUUCUCAGGCACAUUAAAUUAUUAUAAACUGAAGUAAGACCCAGGUGCUUGCUUUGAGAGUGUAUUGUUUCUGCUUAGUAUUUUUACUAAUGUAAAUCAAAACAUACCUGCCUUGUUCUUGGCAUCUGUGGAAUUAGCUAACCAACUUUUUCAUGGGAGAGAUAAGGCUUCUUUGUCUCUCAUGUUCCUUUUUUACAAACUGAAGUGAGACCACAAAGUGAGACCAUAAGAUUAGGUUUCCACAUUCAGCAGUGUGACACAAGGUUGUAACUUGAGAACACACUGACCUGUUCCAUUGUUGCCCAUAGAGUCAGCUCCUCACAGAUGGUACGGCUUACUCUAAGGAAUAAUGCUAAGGACAGAACAUUAUUACCUAACACUUGAGUCAGAGAUGAGGAGGAAAUCAUGAUUUUGUUUCUGAAAACAAGGAAGUAUAUUGCUUGAUCUUUUGGUGCUUAAUUUGCCAGUGGCUUUUCUUCUUUGUCCUGACUUAACUAAAAGGCAGUUUUCUGAAGAAUUUACAAUUUCUGUUCCUACAGUUCUACCCAAACACCUGUCCCCUGACUAGGAGGGCACUUCCUCUCUCCUCCUGAGCCAUCCCCAGCCAAGAACUAUGUAUUCAAAAGGAUAGGAAAACCAACAUUCAUGCAAUGGUAAGAAUAGGUGAGAGCUUUUGUUUUUAGCACAGAGAUAUUUUAAUAAGGCUUUAAUAUAACUUGUUAAAGUAAAUUUCGCCAAAAAAAAAAAUUGAGUGAAAAGAAAUCCUCUUCCUGUUUCACCCUUUAACUCAAUCAAGCUGCUGUCAGCCAAGUGCACGCACAUGCUCAUAAAGGAUUCCUGGUCAGUAAGUUACCCUGACUGGAACAGGCCCUAAGCCAAAUUCCUAAUGCUGAAUUUUUCAAAAUAUUCCAAUUCAACCUUUUGUAAAAGAAAAAAAAAGCAGCACUUGAAUUUUUACUCUCUAAAGUAACUCCAGGGUGCUUCCUUUAGCCAACUCAAAGAUUUUUAAUUGUUUCCUAAAAAAGUAAACUUCCUGUUUCUUGGACAUUUACAGUUUCUAAGAAACCACAGGAAGUACAAAAAUAUAAGAUGAGAUGAUACUACUAUCCCAUGUGUUAAAUGAUCAGAAUAUAUAUAUAUGUGUGUGUGUGUGUAUAUAAAUAAAUAACAAAUCACUAUAAAGUAAGCUAGAUUUUAUAUCAACAUUAAAUCCAAUUUGUAUACUUAGUAAUGCCUAAAUGCUCACCGGAGGCAGAUAUGCUAGGAGGCAAGCAAGCACAUCUGCUUAAAUAAACCAAAUUUAGGUUUUUGAAAAAUUAGAUUGAUUUAGAUAUUCUGUCAGAAGCACAGUAAUUGUAUUCUGGUGUGUGCUUGUCUCUAGAAAUGAAUCCAAUCUUAAAACUGGGUUUUACUGUUUUUGAAGCUUCCACCUAAAAACAUUUUUGAUACAGCCCGAGAAUCUCUGUUAUAGCAGACCUGUCUGCAAAGUAUAUAGUAAGAAGAACUGGAGCCUUACAGCAAAUUUCUCCUUGGGUUACCUGUUAUGCUCUGAUCCUGUUCACAUUUCAUUUCUUCUGUCGUAUCAGCUAGAUGUGUUUUUUCAUGCAAGCAUGGGAAAAUACAACCAUUUUUUUUCCUCCACUAAGAUUUUCAAUAACUAUCACUCAGGUAUUUUCUGAGUUCUCUGUUAUCUAGUAGGAGAUACCAUUUUAUUGAACUCAGAAUUCAAAAUUCUCUUGAAUUUUGAAGAUCAAAAUCUUAUGUAAAUAGAUCUUCGAUAGCGAUCUUUGGGGGGAAGUUAGUGGCUAUUGUUAACCUAGUUUUUUAUUUUUUAAGUUUUGUGUUAUUUCCCUUUGACAUAGUGAUCAGAUUUUGGCGAGGGAGGAAAAAACCUAGAGGCAGCUCACAAGAGCGUGUUCUCUCUUAUCAAGGCAUAUCUUACAUAGUAUUCAAAGUUUACUACUUUUUCUGGACACUCUAAGAUGUAAUUAGUACUGGGUGGCUAUUACAUCAACUUCUGAAAUUGCAACUCAGGCAGGCAGUGGUCCACCGGCUGCUGUCGUAUGCACAGGCUUCUAGCUGCACUCUGAGUGUACCACAUCCAUGGUGCCAGACCAUAACUGGCCACACUGCCGAGCACAGCCCCAGAGAAUGGGCACAAGGUCUUUAUUUGGGGCAGCCAGGGAAAUACUGUUGGGUGAUACCUGGAAUUCGCUUGGUCAAACAGCGCUUUGUGCACCUUCUAUUGCUUUGUCAAAUGUAAAUCAGAUAAUAAACACAAGUAGCUUCUUAAA